CUCUCUCUCUCUCUCUCUCUCUGAGAUCAGGAAAAUGGCAGAGGCCAGUAUUUCAGUAAAUCAGGUCCAGUUCAGCUGUCCAGUCUGUCUGGAUCUGCUGAAGGAUCCAGUGGCCAUUCCCUGUGGACACAGUUUCUGUAUGGUGUGUAUAAAUGGCUGUUGGGACCAGGAGGAUCAGAGGGGGGUCUACAGCUGCCCCCAGUGCAGAGAGACCUUCACUCCGAGGCCUGUUCUACGCAGGAACAACAUGCUGGCUGAAGUGGUGGAGAAACUGAAGAAGCCAGAACUCCAAGCUGCUUCUCCUGCUCACUGUUACGCUGGACCUGGAGAUGUGGAGUGUGAUUUCUGCACUGGGAGGAAACUCAAAGCCAUCAAGUCCUGUUUGGUGUGUGUAGUGUCUCUCUGUGAAACUCAUCUUAAACCUCAUCUGGAAAUUCCAGCCUUGAUCAAACACCAGCUGGUCCAAGUCUCCACACCACUACAGGAGAAGAUCUGCUCUCAACAUGACAAACUGAUGGAGAUCUACUGCCGUACUGACCAAAGCUGCAUCUGUUAUUUGUGUACGAUGGAUGAACACAAAGGCCACGAUACAGUAGCAGCUGCAGCCGAGAGAACCGAGAAACAGAAUCAGCUGGAGGAGGUUCAGAAGAAAUCCCAGCAAAGACUCCAGCAGAAAGAGAAGAAGCUGCAGGAGCUGAAACAGGCUGUGGUCACUCUUAAGCGCUCUGCACAGGCAGCAGUGGAGGACAGUGAGAGGAUCUUCACUGAACUGAUCCGCUCCAUUGAGAAGAAGCACUCUGAGGUAACAGAGCUGAUCAAAACUCAGGAGAAGAACCAGCUGAGACAAACUGAAGAACUCCUGGAGAACCUGCAGCAGGAGAUUGAUGAUCUGAAGAGGAGGAACACUGAGCUGGAGCAGCUUUCAGUCACAGAGGAUCACAUCCACUUCCUCCAGAGCUUCCAGUCUCUGAGAGUCUCUGCUGGAUGUGAGGACUCCUACAGCUUCACUGUCCAUCAACAUCCCUCAUUUGAUGGAGUGAGGAAAUCUCUCUGUGAGAUUAAAGAGAGACUAGAGGAAUUCUGCAAGGAGGAGUUCAGGAAAAUCUCUCCACAUGGAAGAUGGGAAUACAAGAACAUGUCAUCAUUCUACUGAGAAACCUCCUACAGUCUGGACAGAGAACCGACAAACAGAAUGGUUCUACAUUGGCAAAGGAGUUAGUCAAAGCUAUACUGUGUCACCUUACCUGUUCAACCUGUAUGCUGAACAUUUAAUGAGAUGCAGGACUGGAGGAAAAUGAUUGAGGAUUCAAGACCGGUGGAAGACAUCAAUAACCUUCAAUAUGCGGAUGACACGACACUUGCAGCAGAAAAUCCAGAAGACCUAAAGGCCCUUAUAAGGAAGAUUAAAGAACAGAGUGAAAAGAUGGGACUUCAGCUCAAUAUGAGGACUAAGGUUAGGACAAUAAGAAAGAGCACUAACUGUAGCACUGAUGGAGAAGAUGCCAAAGAGAUGGACAGCAUUUGCCAACUUUAACUGAUUAACAACAAAGGACCCAGCAGUCAAAAUUGAACUGGAAAAGACUUUCAAAUGCAAAAAUCCAUCUCUCCACAUAAAGAUCAGAACUGUCCAGACUGUGGUCAUCUCUGUGGUUCUUUAUGGAUAUGAAAACUGGUCAAUAAAAAAGGUGGGAAAUACUGAUGCAUUUGAACUGCUGGCAAAGUCUUUUGAGGGAACAAAGGAAACAAACCAAUGGGCUCUUGAUCAAAACAAGCCUCAAUUUUCAUUCCAAGUCCAGAUAAUAAACUGACACACUCUUUGGGAUUUGGGAAUAUUGUGAGAAGAACCAUUGGAAAAGACAAUGAUGCUUGGAAGAGUUGGGAAGUGGAGGGCAAGCAAGAAGAUACAAUGCGAGGAACAAUGAACAAGGCCAUUAGAAAGCCAGAAGACCCAAACAGAAGACCAGGAUAUUCUGGAGAAACACCAUCAAUAUGGUCUCCAGGGGUUGGAAACAAUUCGACAGCACUUAACAAUAAUAUAGGGGGCUAAUAUGUGCUAAAGAUCUUACACCAAGCAGUCUCUUUUCCUUAAAUCCAUUGAACAGGAAAACAUUGACUUAUUUUUCGUCCUGAUUUUGGAAGUUGCCAUAUUUUUUAGAAAUGUGGUCAAUGCGUUUUAAAUGUGUUUCAAAGUGUUUGCAGUAUAACUGUGCCUCUAUAUGAAAUAACUACUAAUGAAUACGUCUCCUGGUAAAAAAUACAUUAUGAACACAAAAAACCCACCACAAACAACACCUUAACACAGUUAUUGAAAAGUAUAGGCUAAGGGAUGCAUACUGAACAAAUACAAUAUCUUGCAUCAUUUUAGCAAGUUGGCCAAAGGCCAAAUUUGACCUUUAGGGCAGGGGCGUUUACUUAAAAUUCAAUAAGGUUCAGUUACCAAAAAUCAAGCAAAGGUCCAGAACAUCAUAACUUCCAUUAUGAUUCAGUGCCAUAUGCUGUUUACUGAAGUAGCCUAGUAGGAAUAUCAAUACCUUAUGUAGUCCAUAACUGAAAGUCAAAUCAAAAAGUACAGUUCAGUGAUAUUUCAACAUUUAUUGUCAGUUUUCU